AUGCCGUACCGCAGGCGCUUCUCUGCUAAAAUGCCAGAUUACGAUGACGAGGUGACCGUCGUCGACGUUUACGAUUUGGCAUCUGAUAUUGGCAAGGAAUGCGAAAUAAUUAUCGAGAAAUACGGCCCGGAUGCCGUAACGCCGCUGUUACCGAAAGUUAUCAAUGCUCUUGAAUUGCUAGAAAAUUUGGCAGUAAGAAAUGAAAAGGAAAACCAGGCUUUGCACGAGUUAACUGCCAAGAUUUCACAAUUGGAGAACGACAAAAUAGAAAAGGCUGAAUAUAGGCAACGCUUCGAGAAGGAGUUAGAGGCCAUCGAGGAGCAAUGGCGGACCGAGUCUGCCGAGCUGGUGACGGCCGUGGCGCGGCUUCAGGACGAGAAUAAGCGCUUGAGGCGAACUAUCAACGCGCCUGCUGACGGCACCAGCGCCCCGCCAUCGCCGGCGCGCGAGCACGACCAAGAAGUGCUCUCGCGUCUCAGCAGCACAGCAGAGAAGCAGAGGGCGACGCUCCGUCACCAAGAGCUUCAGCUGCAGGAGAAACAGCAGCUCAUAGAGAGUUUGACAAAUCAAGUGGACAAGUUGGCGCAGGUCAGUCGCGAUCUAAGACGGAAGCAAAAGCAGCUACAAAAUCAAAUACGCUUAGUAUGCGAGGAACGCUCUGAACUAACCGCCAUUGUCCAGUCUCAGCAAAGAGAUAUUGCCGCGCUGCAGCAGUCAGAUGCACAAAAUAAGAAAUGCACCUCCUGCGGCGCGGGCAUCCCCGAGGUGGUGGACGACGAGGACCAGUCGUCCAAGCCGACGUUCAGCGUGCGCGAGCUGCGCGCCAUACUGCACGAGCGCAACGAGCUCAAGCUGAAGCUGAACCGCGCCGAGGAGCAGCUGCAGGCGUUGCAGAUCGAAACGCAGCCAGACAGCACCAGCUCCGACACGUCGCCGUCGGUUAGCACCACAGUGAAAGAGGACGACGAGGCGCCGGUGCAAGGGCCCCUGCCGGCGGAGCCAGACGACGCCCCCUGGAAACGCAACAGCGGCAUAAGGAAGUUGUUCUGGCUGGCGAUGACGUCACGCGACUCUGGCGCCCGCACGCCGCCGCCGCGGAUCUCUUUCGGCCCUUGUCUGAUCUCGCCGUGGGCACUUUCCCCCGGCCGCUCUCAUCGCUCGGCAAGGCGGCCGCGGCCGGUGGCCCCGCCGCCGCCACCGCGUAGGCACUCCGACCCCACAGCCCGCACCAACACGCCCGCCAACAAGUUCAGACGCUACUCGGAGGUCAAGCGGCCCAAGCCCGAGCUCGACCUCCGGCAGGAGCUCAGUCUGAACCUCAACACCGGCGAGGUCGACAACUGGCUAGGGACGAGAUUCGAAGAGAUACACGAGGACGCGCAGGAGGAGGACGGGCGCGAACUGCAGGACUACAGGUUCAACCACGACAUACCGCUGCAGCGGUCGAUAUCGCUCGACGGUGGCAUCGAGAUUUUCAAAUACCUCAGCACUCUAAGCUCGGACUGGUCGGACGCGACGUCAUCGUCCUCGUGGACUCUCAACUCGAACGAGAGCGACGGCCGCGCUCUGGAGCUCUACAGAAGUUUCGAGGAUGUGCCCGCUUCUCCGGCGAAACUGAGAAGCAGGCGGGCAUCUUACGCUAUGUGGAACGAGAGCAAGAGCACGGCCUUACACGUGCUGAAGAGCUACAAAGGCGUGGAGACGCAGAGCGGCGGCCUCUCGCCCGAAGUGAGGAAGCUGCGGAAGACCUUCUCGUUUAAAAGUUUCUUCGAUGAGGCCAAAGAUACGGAUAAGAGUUUGGAUGAGGGCUUAGAGGUGCACACCGACGAUGAGCCCGGGCUGGAAAUGAGGAUGCCAUUGGCAAGCAGUGUGUCGUUUGGAUCGAUUGAUAUGGAAGACGGGGAGAGAAAAGAAGAGACGUUCAAACCUAUGCGGCAAAGAAGAACUGGCACGACGCAGAACGUGUGGUACGAGGAGGCGAGGAAAUUUAGCACCGAUUUGAGAAAGAAAGUUCUAAUGAAGCGAUGUACAUCACAGGUUCAAUUUAAGAGUGCAGAAGACCUGGCUGAAUAUGGUCUUAAUACUCGCAGUGGGUCCGCGGAGAAUAUAGUAAAAAGCAAUAAAGUAAUAUUUAAAGAUGUCAAUGAAGAUUACAGUGAAGGUAUUCGGAGCAUUCGAACACUUCAAAGGAGUUUGUCGUCCCGCAGUUGUUUAGAUUCCAAUAAACUCACAGUACCUACAAUCAUCGUAACAGACAUGGAUACGAUAGAAAAUAAAGAUGAAUGUAUUGCACCCGGUUUCAAAGAGAACGUUGCUAAAUUGCUUGUUGAUGAGAAUGUUGCCAGUUCAGAAACGACCAUAGACAACACCGAGUCGGUGGAAGUUGAAGUUGAGGACUUUUGCAACUGUCGAAUUUGUACCGAGAGCGACAUGGAUGAUAAGGAUAAUAGACCAUUAUUGCGCAAUAGAUUAGGCAAGCUGUUCCUGCGUUUCGUGUCCCUGGUUGGUUUUGGUAAGAAGUUGACGUAUUGGGACGAAAAUAACAACGUUAAUGAGGGUGAGAUGUACAAUUGCAUAAUGCAUGUUCUCAAGUUGAUGUUCGGUCUUUGGUUGAGGCAUCUGGAUCACAAUCCUCCGGUUCUUAGCCAGGGUUAUGGUACUGUUUCG